AUGCCUGCGCCCCGAAGAAAAACCCUCCUCGCCAGCAGACGGCGGCGACAAGAUGAUGGAGAGGACGAAGGGUCUGUGGUGGGGGACUUUGAAGACGACUCUCUGAGCGAAGGCUCCGCGGUCAGUAAUGGCGAUGAUGAAGCAGAAAACGACGAGAGCGAUUCUAGUGGAGACGAGCACGAGUCCGUCAAGAACACCACCGACACAACAGAAACUGCUUUACAACGAGAGAGAGAUGCAGUGCUGUCGGUUGAGGCUGUCUCAAAACACCAUGGUGCAUUCAAAGCCUCUGCUGAUACAGAAGCUAUGCUACACGGGCUUGGACAGACUGAAAAGUCGCAAGAGACGGAGGUGAUCCACUUCGACGAUCUGGCUGCGCCGGCAGACGCUGGUGUUGCAAAGACGGAGGUUGUUGUUCCCAAAGCACCCCGACACGAGACUGCAGCGCAAAAGAGCCGUCGGGAGCAUCUGGAAUACAUCAGACAGCGGAACACCAAUCCCGCAUUUGUCCCGACCAGAGGCGGAUUCUUUCUCCACGACGAUCGCAACUCGCCAUCGACGAGACCUAAUGCCAGACCUUUCGUACGGGGAAGAGGUAGAGGCUAUGGGUUCCCAGCCCACCCAGGACGCGGCGUGAGUUUCAAUGAGCCUACCGACAAACCAUGGGCUCAUGACCUACACGAAGACCACGAGAUGCCGCUGAAACCCGAACAGCCUCAAGAUAAAGACGUGCCUGGCUCGGAAAACGAACAAAAUGCAAAGUCAUCAGGGUCAACCGCUCCAAAUAGGUCCUUUUCAUUUACGACAGUGCUUGGAAAUGUCACCGUUCAAAUAUAUCUCCCGGGCAUGGAGCAGAAAUUGUCGAUCCCCAAUGUUGUGAAGAAGCAAUAUACCUUGCUCCCGCAGCAUCGCCCGCCCUUGAGACGAGAUAAACCCGUUCGUGUCUCCAUUCCCGACGAACCGGUUCGAUAUAUUUUCCCCAGCACUGAAAGAUCAUUUAUUUUCAUUCCCCGAGCGUUGCGUCCGAAUCAGCAAUCUUAUCGUGGCCGUGGGAGAGGAAGUUUUCAAGGAAGCCGCCGACCAAGCCUCUAUGGCAGCGCCUACACUUCGAGUAUUGCCAUGAGCCGAAAGUCUUCCAUCGGUGCGUCUACCAUGAGAGAUGGUAUAAGGUCUCCGUCAGAGUCCGUCAUCUCUCGCAUGGCUUUUACCGGCACGGACAGUACCCGACCGAUUGUUCGAAUGCCAUCAGCAGUUCCUACACCAUCUCUUUCAAGGACGGGAAUGCCUAUUAUGAAUGGACAGAUUGGAAUGAAUGUGCCACCACCCCCCCCACCACCGCAUAUGCAGCCUCCUGCAAUGUAUGGAAGCCACUCGACUACGAUUCCCAUGCAUCAGCCCAGGCCUCAAAAAACUGUAUCAGUCGCCGAUAUUGAAUCUCCAGCCUCUUUUCAAUUCAAAGCCCCUCAACAACAGCAAGAACAGCCGUUCCACCAGCAAGUCCCAGCUCACAUUUCCAAUUCCUACGCGGACGAGAAAGCAACUCAGCCUGGUCAAACCGUGACUGGAAUGGCUGGAGCAACGCCACUUUCGCAGAUACCCGAAGGGGCCGUUUUUGCUCAAGGCUUUCAACCAUAUCCCGUCAUGAGCGGACCAACCUACUUUGGAACGCCUUACAAUACCGGAGCAGUUUUCUAUCCACCCCCGGCUGAUGGUAGCUCUUUUGGAGUUCCGAUGACUGGCCCCGUCUUAGCACCUAACUUCAUUCCAGGCUCGCAAUCGCACCCAGUUGGUUAUUUACCUGCUGCAGCACCGGUGGAAAGCAGCAUUCCCUCCAACAUGGUGGCCCACGAGUCCAAUGGCAUGGUCUACUACUACAACUCACCUGUCUUCACACCGGAUACUCAAGGCGGGCUGCAGCCAUUCCCUGUUGCUACAAAUGGUACCAUGGUGGCCAUGGCCAACGGAAUGCCUCCUCAAACACCCUUCUACUAUCCUUCCGUUCCGAAUGGAAUGUUCUACCCGGCACAGCCUGAAUGA